CAGUUAUUUUCUUUACCAAAAAAUUGUUUUCUGGAGUUCACUACAGCUUUCCGUAGGGGAAUCUAAAUUUCUCUUGGCUCUCGACAAGUAAACUCUGUGAGCAACAUGUUCGAGGCGCGGAUUACCCAAGGAAGUGUGCUGAAGAAGCUCGUGGAGGCGCUAAAGGAGCUGGUGACCGAGGGCAACUUCGAUGUUAGCAACACAGGGCUUUCCCUACAGGCGAUGGAUUCGUCUCAUGUUUGUCUUGUAUCGCUUACGCUGCGCGAAGACGGAUUUGAUCAUUUCCGUUGCGAUCGGAACAUGGCUAUGGGUAUUCAUUUCGGGAAUUUGUCAAAGAUCCUGAAGUGUGCAGGAAAUGAGGACACCAUUACACUUAAAGCAGAGGAUAAUGCGGACCAGCUAACCCUGAUGUUUGAGGCACCCAGCCAGGAUCGCAUCUCGGACUUCGACCUCAAGUUGAUGUCCAUCGAGUCCGAGCACUUGGGGAUUCCUGACCAGGAUUAUUCUGCGGAGGUUAAACUGCCCUCCUCAGAGUAUCAGCGAAUUGUCCGUGACCUCACCAGUAUUGGUGACACGGUUCUCAUCUCGGCCACAAAGGAGGGAAUUAAGUUCUCCACUUCUGGUGACGUCGGCACAGCGAACAUCACGCUCCGGCAUAACACCACGCCGGAGAAGCCCGAGGAGCAGACGUUCAUUGACCUGAAGGAGCCUGUCGCGUUGACGUUUGCCCUCCGGUACCUAAACAACUUCAGCAAGGCUACACCAUUGGCACCGCAGGUCAAACUAAGCCUAACGAAGGACCUUCCCAUAGUUGUGGAGUACCAGGUCGGCGAGUUAGGCAGUGUUCGCUUCUACUUGGCACCAAAGAUCGAUGAUGAGGAUAACAUGGGAUCUGAUGAGGCUCAGUCUUAACACAACAUGGUUGUGUCGAGUUGUAGCUUCCGAGGGUUGUAGAGCUGUCAGGACGCGGCGGCGGGUCGGGCAGAGAAUUGCGGAUGGGAUAGAGUCGGAUGAUGGGGUAGGUGAGAAGAUGGAUCGGGGGGUAGGGGUAGGAUGAACCCAGGGUGGGGUUCAGGAUAUAUCGGGGGCGGUCCUGAGGAUGCCUCCGUGGGAGGGGUUAUUAUGUAUCUUUGGAGGGUGGCGUGGUUGCGUCGUGACUACUGAUUGCGACGUAUAUUCAUAUCACUUGUUGUGGAUUGUGCGACGAGGGCUGGGCGAUGUGGCGGUGUUUGAAGUGGCAGCAAGGACGUUGGUAGUGGGCGUGCUUGGUCGACAACUCACUACUAAGUCCCCCACCAGGCCCCCUACUGGGCGGGACAAUAGUUCUGGCAUGUUGUAUUGAGCGCUAAUGUACUAGCACAAGAUGAAGCGUUAUGACAUGUGUUGCCACUCGAGUUACACCGGCUCCAGACGGGCUCGUCUACCAGGAGCGGUCGAAAUAAACGUUGGACAAUGAACGAACUGCAGGGGACGGCGUUGCGGAGUAGCAAUACUCCAUGCCGGAAGCUGUUUGGUUCAGGGGCCUUUUGUUCUCUUCCUCUUGGCUUUCAUGCCUUUCCCUGACGGCCACGGGCACUGCAUUCUAACUGUGAUUUUCAGAAUCCUACUUACGUCUCUCUUUUCCUGCCAUGGGCUCCAAAUCAAUUAUGUAACUAAUGCUUCGAUAUC